AUGAGUUUGAUAAAAAUCCAGCUGCUGAUUGGUCACCACGAAGAUUUUCCCUCUCAGCCACAGGGGGGGAGUUCCACUUUGAAGCAGGAGAUUUCACUUUACCCCCAGAUGAAAGAGGAAGAGGAGGAAAUUUGGAUCACUCAGGAGGGUGAGUGCCUUUUAGGGCCGCAGGAAGGUGAUCUCACCAAGUUGCCACUGACUAUUGUCUCUGUGAAGACUGAAGAUGAUGAGGAGAAACCCCAACUAGACAACCUUUUAGCUCCACUAUCAGAUAGCGAGGCUGAAUACGAGGUUGAAGAAACUUUGAGCAGCGAUACAGACUGUGAAGGCGAUAUGAGGACUCACACUGACAACAAACACUCUGAAUGCUCUAAAAAAAAGACCGGCAAAAAAAGUUUGGACUGCUCAGUUUGUGGUACAAGAUGUGCUAAAAAGAGCCAUUUAACUGAACACAUGAGAACACACACAGGCGAAAAACCGUUUAUGUGUUCAGUUUGUGGUAAAAGUUUCACUUACAGGGGCAAUUUAACUCAACACAUUAGAACACACAAAGGGGAAAAACCAUUUAACUGUUCAGUUUGUAGUAAAAGCUUUUCUCUGAAGGCCCAUUUGACUCAACACAUGAGAACGCACACAGGAGAAAGACCAUUUAUUUGUUCAGUUUGUGGCAAAAGAUGCACUAAUAAGAGCCACGUGACGGAACACAUGAGAACACACACGGGUGAAAAACCAUUUAUUUGUUCAGUUUGUGGCAAAAGCUUUAUACAAAAGAGCCACUUGACCGAACACAUGAGAACACACACAGGAGAAAAACCGUUUAUUUGUUCAGUGUGUGGCAAAAGCUUUACUCGAAAGUGCAAUUUGACUCAACACACGAGAACGCACACGGGAGAAAAACCAUUCAAUUGCUCAGAUUGCGGUAAAAGUUUUUCCCAAAACAGCACUUUGACUCAACACAUGAAACUACACGCAGAAGAAAAAACAUGAAUAUGUACAGUUUAUGGUAAACUAUUAUUCCCUAAUGUAGACAUGGUAAGACACAAAUGAAAACACAGGAGAAAAACAACAAGCUUUUAAGUUUGUGGUGAAAGUAUUUUGUUUUCCGAAUACAAUAGGGAUGUAAAGAUAUGAACAUUUUACAUCACGGUUUUAGUCACCAAAAUGAUUAUGAUUAUCAUUAUUGUGGUAUUGGUA